UACAUUUCGCCUGGUCCGGAAGCUUUUGCCGAGUGGAGUCGGCUGGCGGUUGUUUCUCGGGCUGGUCAGCAGAGGAUUCCCCGGCCGCGAAGAUGAACGCGGAUCUGCAGAAGGAGCGAGAGGCGGCUUCUUUCAAGACGGAGCUGCUGACUUACCUCUUGGACGGGGGCGCCGAGCGGACUUUGCGCCGCAAGGAGAUCGAAGCUAUUAUUACAAAUGAUCCGAGCUUCAGGCAUGAAGAUGUAAAUUUCCUCUCCCGCAGCGAACGCUAUGAAGUAGCUAUCAAAAAGAGUGCUCUUAUGGUGAUGAAAUUAAGAGAAUAUGGGAUUGCAGACCCUGAUGAGAUCUACUGGUUUAAAAGAACAUGCAUGGGCAAAUACACUGCACCCAUUGACAUGCACCUCACCAUGUUUGUGCCCACCUUAGAGAGCCAAUGCACAGAUGCUCAGAAAAAGAAGUGGCUGCCCCUGGCCUCCCGCUUCCAGAUAAUCGGCACCUACGCUCAGACGGAAUUGGGGCACGGAACUCAUCUCCGAGGGCUGGAAACCACAGCCACCUAUGAUCCUGCUACUCAGGAAUUCAUCCUCAACAGCCCAACUGUGACUUCUAUUAAGUGGUGGCCAGGUGGAUUGGGCAAGACAUCAAACUAUGCCAUUGUUUUGGCUCAGCUUUAUACCCAAAACAAAUGUCAUGGGUUACAUGCUUUCAUUGUGCCUCUACGUCAGUUGGGAACCCAUGAACCACUGCCAGGUAUCACCAUUGGUGACAUUGGCCCAAAAUUUGGUUAUGAUGAAAUAGAUAAUGGCUACUUAAAAAUGGACAACUUCCGUAUCCCCCGGGAAAAUAUGCUAAUGAAACAUGCCAAGGUUGAACCAGAUGGCACAUAUGUGAAGCCUCUCAAUGCCAAGCUGACUUAUGGGACCAUGGUAUUCAUCCGUUCAUUUAUCGUUGGAGAUGCUGCUCGCAGUUUAGCCAGAGCUUGUACAAUUGCCAUCCGCUAUAGUGCUGUGAGACAUCAGUCUGAGUUAAAGCCUGGGGAACCAGAACCUCAGAUUUUGGAUUAUCAGACUCAGCAGUACAAACUCUUUCCUCUCCUAGCAACAGCAUAUGCUUUCCACUUUGUGGGUGCAUAUAUGAAAGAUACAUAUCAUCGCAUCACCGGGAACAUCCAGGAUGGAGACUUGAGUGAACUGCCAGAGUUGCACGCACUGUCUGCAGGGCUCAAGGCUUUCAGUACCUGGACUGCCAGCUCUGGCAUUGAGGAAUGUCGAAUGGCAUGUGGGGGACAUGGCUAUUCCCGCUGCAGUGGUUUGCCUGAUAUUUACGUCAACUUCACUCCUUCUUGCACUUAUGAAGGAGAGAACACUGUGAUGAUGUUGCAAACUGCCCGAUUCCUUGUCAAAACUUAUACCCAAGUUAGUUCUGGACAAAUAGUUAGUGGCAUUAUGUCUUACCUGAAUGACCUAUCAGGACAGCAUAUUCAGCCCCAGCAUGUAGCUGCUAGACCCACAACUCUGCAUGUCAACAAUCCUUCCAGUUUGGUGGAGGCAUAUAAAUUGAGAGCUUCAAGGAUGGUUGAGUUUGCAGCAAAAAAUUUACAGGCUGAACUGAACCGUCGGAAAAGCAAAGAAGAUGCUUGGAACCGGACUUCCAUUGAUCUAGUACGAGCAUCUGAGGCACACUGUCACUAUGUGGUGGUCAAACUGUUUACAGCGAAGCUUUCAGAAAUUGGUGACCCAGCUAUCCAUGCUGUCAUUAACAAUUUGUGUUUACUGUAUGCUCUAUGUGGGAUUAUAAAGAACUCUGGAGACUUUCUACAGGGAGGCAUUUUGACAGAGGCUCAGCUAAUUCAAGUGAACAUGCGUAUAAAAGAACUCUUGGCUCUUAUCCGUCCUAAUGCAGUAGCUCUGGUGGAUUCUUUUGAUUUCUGUGAUGCUGUGCUUGGAUCUGUGCUUGGCCGGUAUGAUGGUAACAUAUAUGAAAAUAUGUUUGAGUGGUCAAAGAAGUCACCACUAAAUAAAACACAGGUCCAUGAAUCUUUCCACAAACACCUGAAGUCAUUGCAGGCUAAACUGUGAUAACAUUUUGUUUGAUUUUGAGUGUACUUUAGUUUCUUGAAAUAAUAUAAUUUGCCCUAUGAACAUCUGAAGCGCUUGGCAAAUCCAAAUAGCCAUAGGAUAGUAAUUGUAGUCUUUUUAAAAAAUUAAUAUUGAAUGAAUUAGAGCAAGGAAACACAGUGAUGAAAAUGCAAUUUUAAUUAUGUUCAGAAACUAUUCUUUUUAAUGAGGCAGAAAAGCUUUAUAGAUUGAUGUAUAAGGGUCAGUAUGUGACCCUUUUAAGCCUCUACAGAAGCUGUGUUAUCUAUAGCAGGUUUUUCACUACUAAGUAGUUCUAGAAAGCAGUUAUUGAGUAGAAGCAACUUCUCCGGAAGCUCGUUUAAAAAUGGUCUUGCACAUUUUUUUUAGCAUUAAUGCCACCUUAAGAGGCAGUUGUUGUCAAAGCCCUCCUGCACUUACCUACCGCUGUAAGAUUUUCACAGCCUUGUCAGGAAUUGGGCUUCAGGGACCUUGCACAAAUAUUAUGUGUGUAUGUAUAUAACUGUCUGGUGUUCCAGGAAUGGAUGAUUCUUUGCCUUAUGGGUGCAAUCUGUCCUAGUAAGAGUCAUUCUUAACUUUUGUGUACAAUUUCACUUUUUGCAUUCCAAAUGGCAUGCAAGUGUUCUAUAUUACAUUUCCCAUAAAACUGUCUAUAGCACCAGGGCCGGAUUUAGAUGAAAAGAGGCCCUAGGCUAUUCCACUUAUGAGGCCCUUUCACCUAUAGUGAAAGUGUAAUUUUAAUUUUGCUAACAAUUUGAAUGUAGGCCCCUCUUGAUCUUGAGGCCCUAGGCUGAAGCCUAGUUAGCCUAUUGGAAAAUCCGGCCCUGUAUAGCACACAGGCAAGAUAUCUCUCAAGCCGCUUUUUUUUUCCUUUUUAAAAGUGUUGCCUUGUCCUCUGGGUGUUCAGGAAAAUUGAAUGGGAAAAUGUCAGGAGUCCUUUUCCAUAGCAAACAAUGUUAUCAUUUCUAACUUGCAAAGCCACUGGGGAGGGAAAAUCUUUGCUCCACACAAACUAUAAAUAGUAUUUAAGAUUCCUAUGUCUGGUUAUAAUCAUAGACAUUUUUUUUCCUGAAACACUCAUUUUUUUUAAAACAGUGGAACAUGGAUUUUUGCCCCAUGUAAUCAUAGAUGAGAAGAAGGUCCAGACUGGUAGACCCAUCAGCCUACACGGUCUGGCUCUCAGAAGGCUAGAGAGAAUAUGUAAUCACAUUAAAGGACCUCAGCUCUAGAUUACUGUUAGCAGGCUAACAUUUUAGCAUUGUGUAGAAUUUUAUUGUGUGAAAUUACCAUGACAAAAUUGCAGAUCAGUUGGAUUCAGCUUCAGUAACAAAUCAAGACUUGGAUCACAAACCAAGGAAUUUCAUUAACAUUGGAGAGUUGACAUCUUAGAUAUGUAUCCCUGUUCAAGAGCUAAAGGUGCUCUUAUACUGCGAACUUUGAGCAAGAAGAAAAAAUAUUACAACUGAAACAAAAGCUCUUUAUAAUUGUAAUGUCCUAACUAUUGAUAUAUCUAAUAUAACUGUACUUAAUAUACUGGAUUUCUGUGUACAAUGCUGACUGGAAAUGAAAAACUGCAAUAAAAGACUAUUUGACAUCUUGUGCAGAAAA